ACCGUAUAAAAGAGCCGCCCGGCCGUCGGUCUGGACACAAGCGAUCUCACCACUGCAGCAGCCGUAGCACCGCAGCUCCCAGCAGCAGCAGCAGCAGCAGCAGCAGCAGCAUCUUGAAGCCAUGUGGAAGGUAGUGAUCCCCGCCCUCUGCUUCGUCGUCCUGGCCAACGCCGGCGGCAUUGGCGCACGCGGUAUUGGUGGCGUCGGACUAGGUGGCCUCGGCGGCGCCGGACUCGGCGUUGGACUCGGAGCUGGCACCUACGGUGGAGGGUACAGAGGAGGCUACGGCGGCUACGGCGGCGGCUACGGCGGUGGCUACAGGGGCGGCUACGGUGGCGGCUAUGGUGGCCUCGUCGGAGGUGGACUCGGUGGCGUUGGUGGACUCGGUGGUGUCGGAGGUGGAUACUACGGAGGAGGCGGCCGUGGAUAUUACGGAGGCGGAGGCUACAGGUCGUACGCUGAUGAGACGCCCAAGCCGUACAACUUCGGCUACGUAGCCCAGGGCCCCGAUGGUACAAGCUCUCGCCAGGAGGUAGCCGACGGCAGCGGCAGUGUCCAGGGUGUCUACACCAUCAACACUGCAGAGGGCGGCCAGAGGACGGUCAAGUACGCCGCCGACGCUGCCGGAUUCCGCGCCAGCGUCGACACCAACGAGCCCGGCACUCAGAACGAGAGCCCCGCUGACGUGGCUCUCCGGUCUGCCCAGCCGCCCGCGUCCGAGCUGGCGGCUAAAUACGGCCCUGCCGGGGGAGCCGGUGGAUACAGGGGCCGCGGAUACGGAGGAGCCGGCUACGGCGGAGCGUACGGAGGCGGCUACGGCGGCUACGGUGGCUACGGAGGCGGCUAUAGUCUUGGUGGCCUCGGCGGUGUCGGCGGCGGCUACGGUGUUGGAGGGUACGGCGGUGGCGUCGGAGGACUGUACGGCGGAGCUGGCGUCUUCCGCGGCGCCGGAGGGCACGGAAAGCAUGGCCACGGCUGGCAGUGAGGAAGGACGUGGACGUCCUCGUCUUCGUUUGUGUGGGACUCGCUGCACUGAGCACAACGAGAGCGCCCACACUUUAGAUCGAGUCCUCUCCCCUUUCCGUUCUAGUGCCCUGUACAGGUGUCGGAGUGUAUUGUCGUGUGUUUGUUGAAACCGCUGUCUGGACUUCCUAUAAGACGUCUGGUCGCUCCCGGGGUUCUGCAGCUCAAGGUGUAGGUACAAACGCGCUGUGGUCAUCGUUUUAGCUGUCUUUUGGGAAAUAAACGAACUUCCAAUGUCGAAAA